AUGGCCUCUCAGACGUACCAACUCUUUUGCAUCGGUAACCCCCUCCUCGACGUGCAGGUCACUAACGGUGAAGAGCUGCUCAAGAAGUAUGAUCUGAAGGCCAACGAUGCCAUCCUUGCGGAGGAGAAGCACAUGUCCAUACAUUCAUCGUCAACGCCUACAGCUACUGAUGAGCUCGUGAAGGACUACAAGGUCACAUACGUUGCUGGUGGUGCUUCUCAAAACGCUGCCCGAGGAGCCGCAUAUGUUCUUCCCCCCAAUUCAGUAGUUUACACUGGCUGCGUGGGAGAUGACAACCUGGCAGAUCAACUGCGGGCGGCAAACAAGCGUGAGGGCCUGCAGGAGGUCUACCUCGUCAAGCCAGGUGAAAGAACGGGCGCAUGCGCCGUCGUCCUCACGGGGCAUGAUCGCUCCCUGGUCACGACCCUCCGGGCAGCUGAGAAGUUCGAGCAAUCGCAUCUCUCUUCCCCCACAGUGGCACCUUUGGUAGACGCCGCAAAAGUCUUCUACUCCGUUGUGCUCGAGCUCAGCCAAAAGGCAUCCGCUGCUUCCAAGGUGUUUGCAAUGAACUUCUCUGCACCUUUCAUUGCGCAGUUCUUCGGCACCCAGCUCCAGUCCGUCCUCCCCUACUGCGACAUCAUCAUCGGCAACGAGACCGAGGCUGAGGCAUACGCAGCCGCAAACGGUCUGCCAGACACAAAGGACCUUGCUGCUAUCGCCAAGGCUGUUGCGAUUUUCCCCAAAUCGAACAAAUCUCGCCCGCGUGUCGUGGUCUUCACGCACGGCGCUGAGUCCACUACCUUGGUAUCAUCCGCUGAGCCUGACAGCCCCAAGGUCUUCAAAGUCAGCGCUAUCGACAAAGAGCUGAUCGUCGACACCAACGGUGCUGGUGAUGCUUUCGCGGGUGGUUUCCUCGGCGCGUAUGUCGCUGGUAAAAGCUUGGAUGAGUGUGUCGAGGUUGGGCACAAGAUGGGUGCCAUGAAUAUCCAGCUUGUUGGUCCCCAAUACCUGUGGCCCAAGGUCUCCGUUCUUUAAACACGUUGAACUAUCCAUAUACACUUUCUGAAUUCCCUACAUAUAUCACGCUUUCAACAGCGAUAUUUGUUGUAUCCUUACUACACAUACCGAUGUUCCUUCAUCACUCGCUUUCCACAAGCAUGUAGCAACUGAUAUUUCGAAUCUAUGAUUUC